UUUUACACAGCUUUCAGAGACAGAGGAUGAACAAGUGAAAGAGGAGGCUUAAAACUGUGCCCAGAGAAAGAUGACAAUAAUCCGAUAGAGGCUUAAGUCUACUUUGUUGGAAAAUAGUUUUGAGAGCAGAUGUAAAAGUCUUUAAGUUCACUCUCUUAGGUGAGAAUCAGGAUGGCAGGUUAUCAACCUUGGCGCCAUGGAAAUAUAACUCGAUCCCAAGCUGAGGACCUACUUUCCAAAGCAGCAAGAGAUGGAAGCUUCCUUAUCCGGGACAGUGAAUCCAUACAGGGAGCGUAUGCCCUCUGUGUUUUAUACCAGAACUGUGUUUACACAUACAGAAUUCUGCCAAAUGAGGAUAAGAAGGUUUCUGUCCAGGCAUCUGAAGGAGUUCCUAUCAGGUUCUUCUCUACGUUGUCUGAGCUGGUGGAGGCGUAUUACAGUCCCAACAUGGGUCUGGUUACGCAUCUGCAGUUUUCAGUCCAGAGGGAGGAGGAGGUAGAAGAGGAGCCAGAACCUAAUAAUCUUCCACCUCAGCUUCCACCCAGGAACUUUCCCGCCAACGAUGUGAAAGAAAGUGACUCUAACACCUCUGAGCAGGCGUGCAAGUCACUAUCAGACACCUACCUGAUGAGACUGCAGCACAUGGACAUGUCUACAAUACCUGAGGAAUAUCAGAUGGCCAUUCAGGAAUACUUCAGGACCUCGGUCUGCUUGGAUGUUGAACAAAUGCAAAAUGGUAACCCCAACCUUCCUGGUCUGAAGAAGCUAAUAAUGAUGAUCUGCAAAAACUUACACAGUGAAAUUUCUCGCAUCCUGCCAGCUCUGGAGGUCUUUCAGAGAGUCUUGGACCAGCAGCUCUCCCCAGGGAUCGGACACUUCCCAAAACAAGUUUCUGCUGAUUCAUGUCAGUCUGUCUCUUCAAGACUUGAGCAACUGACAAAACUGCUCUACUCGAUAGAGGAUAAGGCUAAAAGUGCUGUGUUUGAGCUUGUCGGGUAUGAUGGAGGCCAUCCAAAAUCUCUCAUACCAAUUGUCAUAUUUGAGGUCAAACAAGAAUCUCUUGGUAUAUCCACGAGGAUGAUCCUGAAAGUGGAUGUUGAAAGUGGAAAGCUAUACUUUAAGAAGUCAAAAGAUGGGCCUGAAGACAAAUAUUUUGUUCACAAUAAAAUUCUACAGUUGGUGAAAUCCCAGAAAAUGCAUGCUAAGCUGGUCAUAGUGGUGGAAACAGAAAAAGAGAAGAUACAGCGGAAAGAGUUUGUGUUUGAUGACACAAAGAAAAGAGAGGGUUUUUGCCAGUUAUUACAACAAAUGAAGAACAAACACUCUGAAAAGCCUGAGCCAGAUAUGAUCUCAGUGUUUCUCGGCACCUGGAACAUGGGGAAUGCCGGACCGCCCAACAAUAUUAGCUCAUGGUUUCAGUGUAAGGGCCAAGGGAAGACUCUAGACGACACCGCAGAUCACAUCCCACAUGAUAUCUACGUCAUCGGGACUCAGGAGGAUCCUCUGGGUGAGAGGGAGUGGGCAGAUACAGUGAAGAGCGUCCUGAGGAACGUCACAAAUAUCAGCUUUAAACAAGUGGCGAUUCACACUCUGUGGAACAUCCGCAUCAUGGUUCUAGCAAAGCCUGAGCAUGAGAACAGAAUCUCCCAUGUUUUCUCAGACAGUGUGAAGACGGGGAUUGCCAACACUCUGGGAAACAAGGGAGCAGUGGGGGUUUCCUUUAUGUUCAACGGUACAUCCUUUGGCUUUGUCAACAGUCACCUGACCUCUGGAAGUGAGAAGAAGCUCAGACGUAAUCAAAACUACAUCAGCAUCCUGCGAUUUUUAAAUCUCGGAGACAAGAAGCUCAACCCGUUUGACAUCACACAUCGGUUCACACACCUCUUCUGGCUCGGUGACUUGAACUACAGGGUUGAAUUUCAAUCAACAGAAGCUGAGUACAUGGUGACAAAGAUCAAACAGCAGCAGUACCAGGAACUCCUCAAUAAAGACCAGCUGAGCAUGGAGAAGAAUGAUGGAAAGGUCUUUUUGCAUUUCGAUGAGGAGGAAAUUACAUUUGCACCGACGUAUCGCUUUGAAAGAGACACGCGAGAGAAGUAUGCCUACACCAAGGCCAAGGCCACAGGGACAAAGUACAAUUUGCCCUCAUGGUGUGAUCGAGUCCUUCGGAAGUCGUACCCUCUGGUUCACGUUGCCUGCCAAGCUUAUGGGUGCACUAAUGACAUCAUGACAAGUGACCACUCACCAGUAUUUGCAUCAUUUGAAGUGGGCGUGGCCUCACAAUUUGUAUCCAAGCAAGAUCCAGACAGUGCUCCUCAAGGUGGGAUACAGAUCAUGAACUGUCUGGCCACCCUGCUGACCAAAUCAAAGACCAAGUUCUUUAUUGAGUAUCAUUCCAGCUGUUUGGAGAAGACCGUCAAGACAUCAGAGGGGGAGAACACAGAGAACUCAGAUGGGUCCAUAAAAGUUUUGUUCAGCAAUCAAGUUAAGCUCACCCCAAUUAUCUCUGAUCCUGAAUACCUUUUGGAUCAGCACAUCCUCAUCUGUGUCAAAUCCACAGACUGUGAUGAAUCAUAUGGGGAAGGUUGUGUUGCACUGAGAGCUGCUCAGUUCUGCUACACAGAGUUUCAGAUCACACUGACUCACCAUGGUGAAAAGACAGGUACCCUGACAGGGGGCAUCCAGUUACACACCUCUGAGGGGAAAACCACUGAGAAAUUAUACGAUUUCAUCAAAGUGGAAAAAGAUGAUCCAGUGUCUUCAAAAGGAAAAGGCAGUGACCUCAGCAAGUUUUCUGCCUCACAAGCACACGACAUUUCUAACCCCAGUUAUAUGGGAGUGACCUACAAAAGUGGGAAUGUGAUAGAUAAAGGAUGGAGUUAUAGCAUGCCACCAAAAAAUCUUCCACUUUCGGGAAAAGACACAGGAAAGAAGAGUGGUUAUGAUGUAGGUGCGCGCAGUCCAACAGGAAAAACAUUAAAUCCAGGUGAGGAUGAAAAAAUGUUUGACAAUCCGCUGUAUGGAUCCAUGGGGAAGUCACAUGGUCAACAGAAGGACCACCUCACACUUCUAGAUCCCAUGUUCUCAUCCUCCAAACCAUCAGAAGGAGAGCCAGAUCGGCCGCCGGUGCCGACCCCCCGUAAUCGAUCCUUCACCUGCUCUGAGACCAAACCUCAGCCUCCGACCCCAAACACCUCACAUCUUGCAAUACAAAAGAAACCAGUGGUGCCCUCACGUUCUGAAGGAGGGGCAGCAAACAAUCGCCCUCGUUUUCCCGCUAAGUCCAGACCGGGUCCACCAGACCAACUGGCCCCCAAACCCAGAGACUACAGAGAAACCUCUGAACUCCCUAGUAAACUCAGGCCACCAGCAAGGCCUGGCCAACCUCAACCUCACAAAGAUAUGCAUCCUGAGGUUUGGAAAAUGGGCCGUCCUGUACAGUGAGACCUGUGUUGCAGCAUAGGUCAGCGAUACACAUCUUUCUGCUUGCUUUUAAGGAAUCUUGAAACAUCCAGAGUGAAGGUUUUGCAAAUCACCUCCUCUUUGACAGUACAUCAGUCAAUAUAUUUGUGUCAAAGCGAAACAAGCACAUUCACACACACCUCUGCUAAACUCACAUUAUAAUACAGGGCUACAUUUGAACCAAGCUUAUGUAUAAUAUUGUUAUGUUCACAUUAUGUUUCACACUAUACAGUAACUAAAGGAUAUUUGCCUCACAGUAUUACCUGUUUGCCUUAAAUAUGUACAAUAAAUGCACCAGUAAAUUCAGAUGUCAGUACUGUGACUUGUUUUGAUGACUUUGUGCACCACCUUGUAUCAUUACCUUUGACUGUAAAAAAAAAAAAAAAAAAAAAAAGA